AUGUCCUCAGCGGAGAUGGCAUCAGCCGACGAGUCUUGUAAUACUUAUUCCCCUGCCCUUCGUUUAUACGUGCUAAUCAAGACGAAUAGCUCAGCUAUAAGCCGCUAUGGAGGCUCACUCUUUGGCAUUACUUCAGGACAUCAGAUUGUGGCCGAUCUUCCAGGCAUAGAGCGUCUCCUGACACAGUCUCACCAUAUUUUCGACUCCACGCCGGCCCAGUAUUCGCUCUGUACUCUUGUUUUUGGCAGCACCAAUUCCCCUCAGUUGAGGGACAAGCUACAUACGUCUUUGAAGGAUCUUGUCCCUCCUCUGGAAAGAACUUUUCUCAACGAUGCUGCUUCUACUGCUGCUGUCGAGAGAUCUCGUGUUGCUGAGCGUGGUGCAUCACUCGUUACCUUUUCUUCUGACCCACAACAUAUGGAACGCUGGGAAUUAUCUGCAGGUAUCAAGGUUCUGCAGUCGGAACAACCGGGAAUUCCAGGAAAGGUUGAAGCAAACUUGCAAAGCUUGACCCGUGACUUUGGAGCUUGCAUGUCCAUCCCUCUGAUCUACGGCCAAGAUCUCCUCGAUCGCCACCCUCAGCUUCUCGAUGACUUUUGGGUUUUUGAUAAUGAGCUGUUUCCUCUCCUGAUGGUUGGCAUUCCCACAUGGGCUCCUUUCAAAAUGAUGCAAGAUGGACUCAAAGCCAGAACCAGAAUUAUCGACAGUCUGGAAGGUGUUUACAAACGAGUCGAGCAGGAGCGACGAGGAGAAUCGAUUGAUUUUGGCGCCGAUAUCUCAGAUGUCAGCACAAUGCUACGCGAACGAAACAAGGUCUUUAACCGAGAUGGCUGGACCCUCAAGGAGCGUGCUGCAGCCGAUCUUGGUACUUUCUGGGGUCUGAAUGCCAAUGCUCAGCCCGUCUUGUUCUGGUUCUUACUUUACGUUUAUUCUACCCCUGGGUUGCUUGAGCGAAUUAGGCAAGAGAUUUCGCCUUACGUCACUCUGGUGGGAGGAGGACGACCAGAGAUUGCUUCCAUGGACUUCCAGAGCUUGUUCAGAAACUGUCCACUCUUCAAAGCUUGUAUUUUCGAGACGUAUCGCCUGGUCAACGAACCAACAUCAAUCCGUCACGUGUCUCAAUCAGUCAGUAUUAACGAUGGCGACCUCCUGCAUAACCUGAGCGAGGGCACAUACAUCUCUGUGCCUCUGGCUCUCAGGAACAAGGACCCUCAUCUGUACCAAGAUCCAGACUCUUUUGUCCCUGAUCGUUUCCUCGACACGGAUCCCCAGACAGGAAAGUCGACAGCCCGCUAUGGAAAGUUGAAGCCGUGGGGUGUCGGGGCAGCCAUGUGUAAGGGACGUACAUUUGCAGAGAAGGAGAUUAUCUCUUUGGGUUCGGCUGUCGUGAGUCUUUGGGAUAUUGCCCCGGCUGAUGGAAGCUGGAAGUUACCUGCAAUGAUUCCUGGAACUGGGGUCAAGAAGCCAAUCAACGACAUACGUGUUGUUAUUAAGCGAAGAGUGCUAUGA